AUGGUUCGUGUCAAGGAGUGUCAGUCAAACACUUCUUCAGCACAGGCUGAGGUCAUGCCAAGAAAUAACUUCCUGCAGGUGCUAGGCCCUCCCAAACACAGUAUGAAAGAUGGGGAGACAGUUGGGUUUGAAAAUCUCGGCAACACAUGUUUCCUGAAUGCUCCAUUGCAGUGUUUAUCAGCUUUGGAGCCACUGACUCUGGACAUUCAGUCGGCUGUAGACCAGUAUGGGAAGGAGAUCACACCCGACUCUCUGACAAGAAAAUUGUACGUGCUGAUGAAGGAUGUGAGAAGACAUCACGUGUGCCCUGAGCAUAUUAAAGAGCUCUUGAUCAAGCUUCGAUUGGACAUGAAUUUCAAGUUUACUCCCAACACACAGCAGGAUGCGCAUGAACUACUGUCAGAACUGCUGAACCGUGUCGAUGAGGAAGUGAAAGCUGCCAUGAGACUGCAUUCGAGUAGACUUUCUGUGUCCACACGAGAAUCUGCUGUCAGAGAGGCUCCAGAUGCAGGGUCACAAGUGUCUCUACUGGACAAGCCUAGACUGGAACAAUCUGCCCUGCCCAUCCUGAUGCCUACACCAACAGAGAGCAACUUUUGCUGGUCUUACAGAACCUGCAUCUACUUCCACGAGUGCAAAACGGAGAUGGUCUCCUCGCAGACAGAGCAGGAAAUGACCCUGAUGCUAGCAUUGGAUUCCAGCAC